AUUCUCAUUCUGCACUCUUUUUUUAUUCGCAGCAGCAGAGCGGCAUGCAGGACUCCUGCUCAAACUGUCAUUUGGAUGCUAGGAGCACAGGCACUACUGGAGAUUAUAGUUGCAGGGGAAAGGGAAGCUCCCCAGUCCAGCCACAGUCCGUGGGAGGCCAAAUAUUCCAGCAGUUUGAUGUAUAAGAUGUAGGAUGCUCCCUCUUUCAAGAAUCAAGCGGCAGCCUUUUUUCUGGCCAGUGAAUGCAGAACCACCUCCCUGGAUUUGUGUGAUCCCUGAGACACCUGGUGUUUUCCGGAUAGGUGCCGUGCCCCCACCUUUGAUUCUUUCUCACCCAUCUCCUUUGCUACAGGGGGUACCUGCAUGGCAAGUUGCCUGUGAUCCUUUCCUGCCUUUGAUGUCUGUGCCCUCUGCACCAGAUCCUGCUGUGCGUCACAUUCAUCUGCCAAGCGGGCAGUGGGUAGCUACUCCUUCUCCUGCCUUUGGAUUUUCUCCAACAUCAAGAGUCGAGCUAAUUCCCUUUUACCCCCAUGUGUACACAUCUGGGGUUCCUCCACAUGCUGGGAAGUGUUGGGUCGAAAAGAAAAUGCCCCGUUGCAAGAUCUUUUUCAAUAACUCCUUUGCGCUGGAGUCUUCAUGGAUGCGCCAACCCGAAGAACUGAUAUUAAUUCAAGGACUUGAAAAACCUAGGGCAAGUCAAAUGACUUUGGCUGUAUCAAAGCCUUCCACGCCCAGGUCCCGCCAUACUGUCAUACUAACACCUCAAAGAUUUACAGGCCUUUGCCAGAGUGGCACUAUUAAGCCAAUUUCCAACAAUCAAGCUCUUGCAAUUGUUGGCACCGUCACUGCAGCUCCUGCAGCGUUAAUAGGAAUCAAUCCAGAGCCAACUCAGGAACUGUCUUCUGCAACUGUUCCACCUUGUCAGAUGCUGACACCGAUUAAGAUACCAUUUAUAGCAUCACAUUUGGCAGGUGGCCGUUCAAGAAUCUCGGCUCAUGUUGCUCCAUUGCGGCCAUCUCAGUUGGCCAGACUGACCUCUGCCCCAUCUUUGACCUUCAUGACAACAAGCAUAAUGGAUGAAUCAUCAAAUGAUAAGAGCAAAGAUGCAAACAGAGCUUCUUGCUCGGCAGCAUUAAUUUUACAUUCUGAAAAGAAAAAUAUGCCAUCAAAGAUGGAUGAAAAGGACAACUUUAUAAAGAUAGAAAGUGAAGAGGGAUGCACCAAUAGUGGCAAUAAGCCAGUGGCUUCUAGACCUGUUCCAGGGUCACCAUGGUGCGUGGUUUGGACUGGUGACGACAAAGUAUUUUUCUUCAACCCUACAAUCCAGCUUUCUGUAUGGGACAAACCCAUUGACUUGAAGAACCGGAUUGAUAUUAACAGAAUAAUUGAGGAUCCGCCGCACAAACGCAAACUGGAUACAUCCACAAAUGACAAAAAAGGUGGGUUUGUUCCAGAAGAUGUUAGCGAUGACCACAGUACUAAAACCAAACGAAAUAAAACUGAAGAUCUCCACAUUAACGAAAAAGAGGAAGCCAACACUGAAGAGAAGAAAGAGAAAACGGCUUCUCUGGAAUUAUUGCCCCCUUUGGAGGAACGCAUGACGUGCUUCAGAAGUAUGCUUCUCGAGAGAGGGGUUUCAGCAUUCUCGACAUGGGAGAAGGAGUUACAUAAAAUCGUAUUUGACCCCCGGUACCUUUUACUGAACUCAGAAGAACGAAAGCAGGUAUUUGAACAGUUUGUAAAGACCCGAAUCAAGGAGGAAUACAAAGAAAAGAGAAGCAAAUUAAUGGUUGCCAAAGAAGAAUUUAAAAAGCUUCUAGAAGAAUCAAAACUGACUUCAAGGACUGCAUUUAAAGAAUUUGCAGAAAAAUAUGGAAGAGAUCAACGUUUUCGCGCUGUUCAAAAGAAAAAAGAUCAGGAACAUUUUUUCAAUCAGUUUAUCAACGUGCUGAAAAAGAGGGACAAAGAAAACAGAUUGAGGUUGCGGAAAAUGAGAUAAAAUAUGUAAAUGUGCAAUAAUAUACAUCUCUACU